ACCAGUAGUAGUACUGUACCUCCUUACAAGGCACCAUCAAACUUAUAUACCCAAACAAAGUCAUCUGCACAAUGGCCGAUCAGCAACAACUUGAAGAUGCCGAAUACCUGCUCGCGCAUACGGGACGCGAGGUUGAGCGGCUUUCGAUGCAGCAUGCGUGGAUCCAAAAGAGUCUCGACGGCCGCAUUGUCUUUGCCCCGGUCGACUUACAGCGGCCGGGGCUGAGGGUGCUCGAUGUCGGUUGCGCCGACGGAAUCUUGCUCCGUGACCUGCAGAAACAAGUCCACCCCUCAGCCCAGCUCGUCGGCGUCGACAUCAUGCCAUCAUUUUUCCCCACGCCGGAAACGAGCCCAUCCGAGUCCGGCAACAACAUCCGGUACGCGCUUCAAGACAUCUGCAAACCAUUCACCCCGGAUCUCGUCAGCGCCUUUGAUCUCACCCACGUCCGGUAUGUGCUUAUCGGCACCGCUUCAGUCGGCAUCCCCGCGGCGGUCAAGAAUCUUGUUACCUCGCUGGCUCCGGAUGGCUGGCUACAGAUCCAGGAGCUUUUCGUUGCAGACGACGCCCCGGGGGAUACGCCCGCCAUGAAGGACUUUAAGGUUGUGUUUCGGACCCUUCUUGAAAAGAUUGGGAUGGAUGUUGGGUUUGCGGCUGAGUUGGCUGAGGUGUUUAAGGAGGCGGGCUUGGAGAAUGUGGAGUGCAAGAAGGUUAGGUACCCUGUUGGUAAGAGCGCGGGGAAUGAAGAGGACAGUGGGAAUUCGAUACUGCCGUUUAAGCUUACUGUUCCGACUAUGGUGGAGUCGGUUGAGAGUUUGGGCGCUUCCUUGCCCGCGUCUGUGACAGAGAACCUUGGUGAGAGAUUUGAGAGUGAGAUGGCCAGCGUCGGCGGAUUCUUUGAGAGCUAUAUCGUGUGGGGCCAGAAGCCCUUGUAGUGAUGCUCAUGUUCGGCUACAUUGAGCAUUGUGCGCCUUGGGGUUGUUUCUAGAGAUCAGAUAUCCAUGCGUUCCGGU